UUAUUAUGAUGUUCGUUAGUUUAACUUCAAAUCAUAAGCCUUUGAUGCACGAACCUAGCAUGCGAAGAAUAGAACUUGUCCUUGCCAUAUAAAACAUAAUACGUGCAGGAGAAGACCGAUGGUCGAUUAAUCAAGUAAUCAACUAAUUAGUCCGCGGGGGAGACAGUUCUACAGACCAGAUAACUAGCUCCGUUUAGCUGAUUACUGUUACUCGGACUCACAGUGAUGUAAUUCUCUUAGAAUGGUUGUCAUGGCAACCCCUUAUAACUACAUGUUGUACAGUGUCACAUAACAUUUCUACUCGUUGCUAGCGUAUCUUGUUGGUUUGUAUGCAAGUCCGAUUAGCUUUUAUCUUGCACGUACUAACGUUUAUGAUGGUAAUUUAAUCGCUGUUUUCCUAACCCACUUCCCUAUUUUUAGUGGGGAUGGCUCAACUUGUUAAGGCUCCGCCAAAAUACUCCACGUUUGAGUGGCACAAGAGUAACAACAAGAACUAUAAUAGUGCUGAAACAGAGCGAGCAAGCGCUGAGCGCCUUCAAAGCGAGAGCAAACGUCUUACUGAUGAGACGGACGAGAUAACACGCUUCACCCAAGAGGAUGUAAACAAAAAGUUAGCUCAAAGACUCCGUGAACUCAACUUCUGGAAAGAUGAGGUUCAAUCACAACUGCAAGCAGUUGACAAGGAGAUCGACACACUAUUGAAAUACAAAGGAAGUUUGGAGAACUCUCUAGAAUCCACGGAGCAUCCUCAGAGUGUUACUACCAGCUGCCUUACUUACAGACAAGGUCGGGAAGCUAUCGACAUGGUUCAGGACGACGUUGAGAUCAACCUGCUUAAAGAGGUGGAAGUAAUUGAAGGAGUGAGGUCUGUGUUGGUACGAACAUUGGAGCAGACAGUUGAGCAGAUCAGGAGACUGAGAUCUGCUAAAUACUUCCUGCAGAAGGAUGUUGCUGAUAAGAAUGCUGCUAUUUCAAUCGACAAUUCCUGUCACACUUUGAACAACAAAGAUACCGAUAUUAACCUGUAUGAGGGUGUCACCCAAGAUCUUGUCAGUGCAGUGAUGCCUGCAGAUUGGAGUAACUACUCUGAUGCCAACAUCAAGAAGGCAGAAUGCGAGAAGCAGGCGUCAGUAACACUGCGCAGCGUCAUAGCUGGAGUUAUCGAGCAGACGCGCAACGAUCUCCUUACGCAGUGUAGGAACGUGGACUUAGCGCUCAAGAAGCGUGUUGAGGAGUGCUCCAACGCUAAGGAGCGCCUUACUGGCCACCUUGACAAGGUUGAGAAGGAAAUAGAGAGCAUGGAGGGCAACAUAUCCCAGCUUAAAGCAGCUAUUGAUGAGAAGCUAGCUCCACUGAAAGUAGCGCACACACGUCUUGCUCAGCGUAGUCAGCGCCCCAAUAUUGAGCUUACUCGUGAUCCAGCCCAGUACCAGCUUGUCAACGAAGUGAAACUUAUUGAGAGUGCUAUCGCUGCUCUUGAAUCUCAGCUUGAGGCAUCUGAGGCAAGUCUGAAAGGUCUCAUCAGAAACCAGAUUGACCUGAAAGAAGACAUCCGAAUCAAAACUAAAUCUCUCCACAUUGACAAGGUGCUCUGCCAGGAUCUUAGAGCUACAAUUGACUACUCUCACUAUUGAAUGCGGGAGUAAUUCUUGUUGCCCCGUCGCUCACACUCUGAAACAAGUCAAGCUCGUCAAACUAUUCAAGCAUUCAUUUAGAUUUUGAUUACUUUAUACAUGUGUGUAGGUGCAUGCUUAUGAAAAAUAAAGCUGAGACUUAUAUCGAUAUAUUAUCAUUAAUAACAUGAUUUUACUGCUAGCAGUUUUAAACUUAAACCAUUGAUACUGUAAAUCAAUCUGUGAAUAUGUCAAAAUGAUGGGGAAUAUACUGUUUAAUGAAAUUGCUGUCACAAGCUUAUGCUGUUCGGUUAAAAACUUACACAAAAUAUGAUCGUUGAAUUCUUGAUAUGUAAGUACUCAAAUACUGAUUUAUAUAGCCGAAAA